UUUAUCCCUCCUCCUCCUCCUCCUCAUCAUCCACAACACCGCCCUUUUGAUCCCUCUAAAACCCUCACCGCCAGCCGUGCUCUCUCUCCCCGCACCUGCAGAAUACGCAUUGACCUACAUGCACUUGCGUUACUCGCAUGGGAAAUGCGAAUGGAAAAGAAGAAGGCUGUGAAAAUGGCGGCGGCGACGAAGUCUCCGAUGGUUCGAACCACGCGCCGACAAUCCGCGUGGCUUCCUCUGAUCUAAUGGUGAGCUCUCCGCCGCAUGAUCCCCAUCAGUCUCGCGCUCCUCUCUUGUUUUCGUCGCAGGCCCCUGUAAUUCCUUUGCAAAGAAAUGAUGGCCAGUCACUCAAUCCACUGAGGCAAAAUGAAGCUCAAAGAGCUUUCGAUCACCCCCUUGAACAAGGUAUACCAACUAUAAUAACUUGGAGUUUUGGCGGAAAUAACGUGGUUGUGGAGGGUUCAUGGGACAACUGGAGGACAAGGAAAAUGCUCCAAAGAACAGGCAAGGAUCAUUCUAUUCUUUUGGUGCUGCCAUCGGGCAUAUUUCGUUACAGAUUUAUCGUGGAUGGUGAAGUGAGAUAUAUCCCCGAUCUUCCAACUGAAACAGAUCAGAGCGGCCAUGUUUGUAAUCUUCUUGAUGUCAAUGACUAUGUUCCUGAAAACCUUGAUAGUGUGGCAGAAUUCGAGGCUCCCCUAUCACCUGAGUCAAGUUACGGUCAGGAUUUUCCAGGAGACGAAGACUUUGCAAAGGAUCCGUUGAUGGUUCCACCUCAACUGUCAUCGAGUGUUCUUAGCUCAGAAACCAACAAAGACAGUAGUGCUUCAAGGCCGCAGCAUGUUGUGCUGAACCACCUCUUCAUGGAGAAAGAACGAUCAGCCCAGUCUGUGGUUGCCCUUGGCCUGACUCACCGAUUCCAGUCCAAAUAUGUGACUGUCGUCCUCUACAAGCCGCUAAAAGGAUGAUCUCUCUAACCUUCGUAUCACACGCAGCUACUAGUGCUCAACCUAAGAGCAUUUGCUUGGCUGUAAAAAAUUGGUUAGAAGAAGAAGCAGCGGGCAAUGGCAAUGGCAAUGGCAAUGGCAAUGGCAAUGGCAACGACAACGACAAUCGAAUAUGAUGUUUGUUUCUUGAGCCCAUCUCAAGCAGAGCGUAACUGUUAAUACGGCAAGAAUAGGCACCAAUUUCUGCUUUCAGUAGUGAAUAACAUCUCAUUUUCGACGUUCUUAUGUUUGAACUAUUGCCUUUAUUUUAUAUUUUGCAUACUUUUCAACUAACCAAGUUUUUAAGCUAUUUCGGAUAGCCGAAAAGAAAAUUUUAAUCCACUAUGGACGAUUUUAAUAUGUAAAAGUUAUAGUAGUAAUUGUUUAAGGUUUGUAAACUUUCUGUCCUCAAUUCGAAAAUUUACUUUGUCAUUUU